UUUAUUGUUUACUUAAGAUGGCUGCAGCUGAUUCUUGUGAAGUAAUAAUUUCACGUAGAAAAGAUGAAGAACAACUAAAAAUUAUAAAUCAACGUUUAGAUAAACUUUUUAGACUUUGUUUCAGCGACCUAGAAUAUAUCAAAUAUCAAAGAUUUAUAUCUGCAUUGAGUUACUUUAUUUAUUUUUCUUCUACGAAUGUUUUGGGUCUGCAAUCUCUUGGCGAAGAAUAUGUUGGUUUAUUACAAAUAAAUUCUUUCAGAAAAAUACCUUCACUUGUUCAAUGUUUAAUUUUUGUUUUUAUUGAUACUUUUCUACUUCUUCCAAAUAUUUACCAAAUUUUAAAUAUUUUCCCUUUUGGAAUUAAUUUGAAAACAUUUUUGAGGUUUUUUUUAAAAUUUUUUAUUUAAAAAAUUUUUUAAGGCUUAAUUUUGUUAAUAUCUUAAAUUCUUUUUCUGAACUGUUCAAAUUUGAAGGUUAUACUUUUG